CAUCCUGGUCUAAAGCACACAUAUAAACACGUGGAUACAAACUAUCACCGAUAACUGUUGUAUCACUGACACAAUGGAGACUGGUACAUGUCUGUACAUGUACCAGUCACAAAGCGAUGUGGAAUCUCCUACACUCACGGUGUCAUCAGGAAGUCCUACUGGUGAUGUACUUACAUGCAAGGACAUACACAUGAAUUACAACGAGACAUUUAGUGAGAUGAAGACCACUUACACGGAAAAGCUAGGUGUAUCUUGUCAGAUUUGCGGCAGUAUGUCAUCUGGGUUCCAUUAUGGCGCGUACACGUGCGAGGGAUGUAAGGCAUUCUUUCACAGGUGUACAAAAAAGAACAUCAUCUUUCAAAAAUGCGCGAAAGGAAAGAGUUGUCGCUCUAAUAAUGGAUCUAAAUAUAAAUGUAGGCUUUGUAGAUACCAGAAGUGUGUACAGGUCGGGAUGUCUAUUGGUGCGAUCAGAGUUGGCAGAAUGCCAAAUACUGAACGUGAAAAGCUGCGAGCUAACCGCACGGAUACGAUAGGAUAUAAACGUCGCCUCCUAGAUAUUUCGAACAUAAUUACAACGAAUUUCACUAAAAUUUUCUUCAAGUCUUCCAUAUUCGAAAGUUUCUCUAUAGGCAAUGCCGUUGAUGAGGAUUAUUCUGGAUUUGUAAUAAGCAAACUUGACUCAUUUGGUUUUCAUCAACUUGGAGUCAUUACUAUAUAUCACGAAAUGCUGGUACCUAUGAUAAAGGAUACGAUCAAAUUCGCCAAAAAAUUACCGGGAUUUUUAGAUUUACGACUUAGUGACAGAGUGGUGUUAAUGAAAGAAGGAGCUUUAUGCGUUUGCAUAUUAAUGAUGUACGGGUCAUUUGUUGGACCACAUGUUCGAUUAAAUGGUAAAACAGCAAACUUGUACCUAACUCACGAGGCUAUUGGUAAAUGUUCUGAGACACAAAUACUUUUUGGCAAAAUAAUACAGAUAUCGGAAAGGAUCCAUCAAUUGAACCUUCACAAGACGGAGUUAGCCUUAUUUGCAUCGAUGAUUCUUUUAUCAGAUAACAAACUGCUGGAAGAACGAGACAGAAUUCGUUCAAUUGCUGAAGAUGUCACUCAAGCUAUUCAAAUGGAAUUCGGUCAUAUUCGGUCGGAGGAUAGAGACAUACAUCUGUCGUUGUUGGCAUUAAAAGACGAUUUGAAGCAAACGUCGAUGGAAUUCAUCACUAACUUAAAGAAUGGAUAUUAUAGCUUUCCCGAGGAGGAAUGUGAAGAACACUUGCUAUUAAAAGAAAUAUUCGAUAUUUGAUGUGUUCAUCAUAGACGACCAAAUGACUUCUAAAUAUCACUUAAGGCAAAUGCGUACAAUGUCCAAUUAUAUUACAAUAACCGCAAGGUAUUCAAAACGCGAUGUACUUUAUGAAAAAUAUAAGCGGAAUUUUAAUUUAUCAAAUAAAAAUGGAAUGUGAACUACCAAUGCAUGUACUUUCUGGAAAAUAAUAAAUGUCAAUGGAAGUGGG